AGCAGCGGCGGCAGCAUCUUCAUUGCUUUGGUCGCCGAGAGCACAGAGAGACCGAGCGAGCAAACUAGCCCGCCCGCGACGCCCCUCAGAUCCUCUUUGUCGCUUGCCUUGGGAUCGCUCUUCACCGUCAUGUCUCUUCGCAGCAGCUUCGCCCGGCUCCUGAAGCAGCAAGCGGACUCCGCACUGCAGGUCCAGAAGAGACGGGCGCACUCGCUGGCCCUCAUCGGAGCUCCUUUCUCCCGGGGACAGAAAAAGAGAGGAGUGGAUCAUGGCCCUGCCGCCGUCAGGAACGCGGGGCUGGUGGGAAAGCUCUCCCGCAUGGGUUGCCAGGUAUAUGACUUCGGUGAUUUGAGUUUCACCCCCGUGCCCAAUGAUGAGCUCUACAAUAAUCUAAUCAAAUAUCCACGCUCUGUAGGCUUAGCUAGCCAAAUUCUGGCUGACACAGUGAAUGGAGCCAUUGCUGCUGGACAUAGCUGUAUAACCAUUGGAGGUGAUCACAGUUUAGCACUUGGUUCCAUCAGUGGCCACACAAGACAAUACCCGCACUUAUGCGUGAUCUGGGUUGAUGCGCAUGCUGACAUUAAUACUCCACUCACAACUGAAUCAGGAAAUCUUCAUGGACAACCAGUCUCAUUUCUUUUAAGAGAACUUCAAGAUAAGGUGCCAUUGCUUCCUGGAUUUUCCUGGCUAAAGCCCUGCCUUUCAAGAUCUGAUAUUGUAUAUAUUGGCCUGAGGGAUGUUGAUCCUGCUGAACACUAUAUUUUGAAGAAUUAUGGCAUCCAGUAUUUUUCAAUGAGGGAUAUUGAUCGAUUUGGAAUCCAGAAAGUGAUGGAAAGAACAUUUGAUCAUCUUUUGGGCAGAGGACAAAGACCAAUUCACUUGAGCUUUGACAUUGAUGCUUUUGACCCAACACUGGCUCCAGCAACAGGGACCCCUGUCUUGGGUGGCUUAACAUAUCGUGAAGGCAUGUACAUUUCAGAGGAAAUACAUAACACAGGGCUGCUUUCAGCUGUGGACCUUGUAGAAGUAAAUCCCCUACUUGGAACUUCACAGGAGGAAGUGAACGCAACAGCUAAUCUUGCAGUAGAUGUGAUUGCUACAUGCUUUGGGCAGACAAGAGAAGGUGCACACAUUGUUUUUGAUGAUCUCCCAUCACCCAGUUCACCAGAUGAAUCCGACAGUGAAGAGCAAGUCCGGAUGUAGGACCCCCAAGAAUCAGCAGAUGCUUCACACUGGGCAUUAUAUACAGCUCUGCUGACCUAUUCACAUGGACAGACUGAAGAACUGACUAUAUUACACUCUGUGUUCUGUUUUGGAGAUAUUAGUUACUUUUUCCACUGCAUGACCAAAUUGCUGCAAGUUAGACAACAAGUCAGCUUAGACAAAUGUUUAUUACUUUACAAUUAUACAAUCUUACCAUUA